UAAAAGCUGACGAGUUUACGGACAUAAUGCCGAGCGGGUCAGAGUUGCCCUCCUGGCUGCCCGCCCAGACCUCACUGUGGUUCUGAACCCCCAGAGUAAAAGUUUUGAAGUGAUGCUGGUUGAAGGAGAGAAAGGUGAGUACUGUCUUCCAGGGAUACACCUCUAUGGGAAGUGUCUUUCUCUCUGUGUGUCCUAUCUGUUGUCUAAUCAUUCCCUUUUCUACAGUGGAAUGUCUGUGGUCAGGAAUAAAGAAAGGCCCACCUCGCAAGCUGAAGUUCCCUGAGCCUGAAGUUGUAGUUUCUGCCCUGGAGAAGGCACUGAAGACUGAAUACACAUAUUUGAUGAAGGUAUGUAUAGGCAGAAUCUUAACAGUUCCCACUGGGCACAGAUGUCAAUUCAACAUAUAUUCCACGUUGGUUCAACAAAAUGUCAUUGAAAUGAUUUUAUUUUAUUUUUAUUUUUUAUUUCACCUUUAUUUAACCAGGUAAGCCAGGUGUUAAUGCAUGAUGUGGAAACAAUGUUGAUUCAACCAGUGUGUGAUCAGUGGGUUGUCCUUUCAUGUCUAAUUCAAAUGACAAAAUUCAAGUCAGAUUGACCCAAACAGUAAUAGAAAGGAAGCCAUUGAAAUUGAUAGACUGGUUGAGAGGGUUAGGCUACUAGAGCCAGUAAUAACACUGAGACCAAGAGAAAAGCACUAAAUUAAGGCAAUCCACUUAUUUGAUUGGAUCAAAUAUGCCAUUAUCCAAUUGUCCAUGAGAAAAUAAUUUGCUAAAACAGUGAAUUAUUCCUCUUGUUCUUUGCAGCCAGUCAUCCAGGGUUUGUAGCAGCUGGACGCAGAAUGAUGAGGACUGACCAAAGUGGUUGCUCCCCAGUCCUUCCUCUGAUGACCCAAGCGUCAAGCUCCUCUGGCCUGGGUACAUGGUGACAUCUAAUAGUGUCUCUCACUAUUUACAAUAUUGCUGCUAUUAGUUGUGUUCACUGGUUGUUCGUAUUAUUCAAUUACGUUCAAAUGUUUCAACUGCUUUUAUAUUUGUCUAUGAAGAAUACAAAUUGUUUCUACACAUUUUCUUCAGUGUGUCAUGUUGUUUUGGUUUGGCAAAGUAUGGCAUCAUGGAAUAUUUUGGCUUAUGGAACACAUGCACUCAGUCUGACACAUUUCAAGUGCCUGGCUGGCUGUGAAUUUGGGAUUAACAACUGCUAUUCCUGAGAUAUAUUUACUAAAGUUAACCCAAAAUUCAGCAGAAAGAGGACAAACGUUUCUCCUGCACCUCUAUCACUUCUGUAUUUAGGAUGUUCUCUUAUUCCAAUGUAAACCCUAUCUCCCAGAUAUACCCCUACAUUUGUAUUAUUUAUUUGAUGCAUGUCCUGUCAGUCUUUCUCUAGCACUACUAUUUUAAGCCCUACACGUGUGAUGGCACCUAGAGUGCAUUCGGAAAGUAUUCAGACCCCUUCACUUUUUCCACAUUUUGUUAUGUUACAGCCUUAUUCUAAAACAUAAACAUAACAAAAUGUGGAAAAAGUGAAGGGGUCUGAAUACUUUCCGAAUGCACUCUAGGUGCCAUCACACGUGUCGGGCUUAAAAUAGUAGUGUGCCUCGACACAAUCCUGUCUCGGAGCUCUACGGACAAUUCCUUCGACCUCAUGGCUUGGUUUUUGCUCUGACAUGCACUGUCAACUGUGAGACCUUAUAUAGACAGGUGUAUACCUUUCCAAAUCAUGCCCACUCAAUUGAAUUUACCACAGGUGGACUCCAAUCAAUUUGUAGAAACAGCUCAAGGAUGAUCAAUGGAAACAGGAUGCACCUGAGCUAAAUUUCGAGUCUCAUAAUUCCAAAAACAGAAUACUUAUGUAAGUAAAAUAUGUAUGUUUUUAUUUGAAAUACAUUUGCUAACAUUUCUAAAAACCUGUUUUCGCUUUGUCAUUAUGGGGUAUUGUGUGUAGAUUGAUGAGGGAGGGGGGGAAUAAUGAAAUCCAUUUUAGAAUAAGGCUGUAACGUAACAAAAUGUGGAAAAAGUCAAGGAGGUCUGAAUAGUUUCUGAAUGCACUGUAAAUGGAUAUUUAUUCGCUGAAAAUCUGAAGUUGAUCGCCCCUUUUCAAGAAAUGGGUUUUUGUUGGGCAUAAAGUGAAACCCCUUGGAUUGAAUUUUGGAAUAGUCAGUUACAAAAGAAGCGCAACAUGCGCGCGAAAGUUUGAGGUUACGCAAGCUGAAUUAAGACCAACAAGGCGCCUCGUUCCAGAACAGGUAGGGCGACAGCUUUUCCAUUUGAUGAUUUUCCUGAUACCCAGUAGUAAGUAAAUAGCCUAAUGAAAUGUGUGGAGUGAUACUUUUAUAAAAGUACUAUAUUUGUACUUUCAUAAAGGCGACGUACAAGGCAGAGACCGAGGAGGAGACGGUGGUCAUGGAGGGAAAGCGGGGUAAAAGAGAGGAGGGGGACACGGAGACUGCUUCAGAGGGCCAGAGGGUGGUCAUUGAACACUGGUGAGUACAGUAAUAUCCACAGCCACCCUCUAAAGAAUAUUACCACUUUUAGGACCACGCACAUCAAUUUAGGUAAAUGCAUUGAGUCAGAGUUCCAUAAUCACAUAACCUUAUUCCCAUCACCAAACAAUAGCCUAUUUUCUAUCUGUACCAUCUGGAUAAUCUCAGAAUACAGGAAUGGAACAGACCACUUAGAAGUCUUAGACAAAUUGCCUCUGAAAAUAAAAACCUGUAAUAGUGAGUUGUGACUGUUGUCAUUCUGCAGUAAGAGCUGAUACGUGUACCGGCGGUGUGCUGAGGGGGUGCGAGAUGCCCUCCUGGCUGCCCGCCCAGACCUCAUCGUGGUUCUGAACCCCCAGAAACCCCGCAAGAAAAGCCUGGAGGUCACACUUGUGAAGGGAGGGAAAGGUGAGUACCUCCAGGUCAUGUUAUGAAAGAUUCUAUUCUCAUGGGGUCUGUUUCCUGGACACAGAAUUGUCAUUGAAAGUACAGACUAGGUCCCCGGGAAUACGGAGCAUAUUAUUUAUCUUUGGCAUGACACGGAGGCACCCAGAAGCUGUCCUUUAUCUUGUACUAACCAUUCUUCUUUCCUUCCUGUAGAGGUGUGCCUCUGGACGGGCAUAAAGUUAGGCCCACCUGCCAGGCUGAAGUUCCCUGAGCCUGCCAUUGUGGUUGCAGCCCUGGAGGAGGCACUGAAAAAUGAA